AAAAAAAAAUAUAAUCAAAAUUAGUAAACACAUUUCAUGUUAAUGUUUAGUGCUUUCUUAGUUUCAUUCUCCAUCAUUGUGAAAACCAUAUUCUAUAAUCUAUAUAGUAUAGUAUUAAUAAUUAUUUAUAAUUUGUAAUCGUAAUUAUCUCCGAGACGUGAAAACCGGAUUUCAUUUACUGAACCGGGUUUCCGGCUGAGAUUGGUGGGGUCCACUUUCCGGAGAUGGAUCGUCCUUUAUUUUCGGACCGAGUAACCGUCAACGGCACGGUAACGCCGUUAGCUCUUCUCACCGACGGAAGGCUAUGGUGGUCGGAAGGAAUUCAACGGUGUCUCUCCGUUGAAAAAGAGGUUCUCGGAUUCGUCUCUAGUGGUUCAUACAUCAAACUCAAGACUCUUGUGGAAGCUCGUGACGGUUGUUGCACCACCGGUGAAGCUGGCAGACUCGUUCGUAACGACGUCGUUUUUAAACCCUCGUCGGAGGAAAAUCUUAGGCUUUGGUGUCUGAAGCUUCAUGAAUUCAUUGAUUCUCUUGGUCGACCGAAGAAAUUGCUUGUUUUUGUGAAUCCAUUUGGUGGGAAGAAAUGUGCUGUCAAGAUUUUUGCUGAACAAGUGAAACCUCUUUUUGAUGAUGCUCAAAUUCAACUCACUAUACAAGAAACUAAACAUCAGCUACAUGCCAAAGAGGUUGCUCGUUCGUUGGAUAUUUCAAAGCACGAUGGAAUUGUUUGUAUUAGUGGAGAUGGAAUUUUGGUUGAGGUUGUAAAUGGGCUUCUUCAAAGAGAGGAUUGGGAUACAGCAAUAAAGACACCCCUUGGAAUAGUUCCUGCAGGUACUGGAAAUGGCAUGGCAAAAUCUCUGCUUGAUUCAGUUGGUGAUCCUUGCGCAAUAGCCAAUGCCGUUCUUGCCAUCAUUCGAGGCCAUAAGCGACAGCUUGAUGUGGCUACCAUCACACAAGGGGAAACCAGAUUUUUCAGUAUAUUGAUGUUGGCAUGGGGUCUAAUUGCUGAUAUUGACAUCGAGUCUGAAAAGUAUCGGUGGAUGGGAAGUGCUCGUCUAGAUUUUUAUGCUGUCUGCCGACUCUUCAAUUUGAGGCUAUACAAUGGAUCUGUUUCUUUUGUGCCUGCACCAGGGUUUGAGUCUUACGGGGAGUCCACUAGUUACCCAGGCAAAUCUACUAUUAGAGGGAACAGUAGCGAUCCAAGUGAAGGGGAACAUGUUAAUUUGCAAACACUUUGUUAUCAAGGACCUGAAAUAGACUUGGAAAAUAUGAAUUGGAGAGUUAUAAAUGGACCCUUUAUUAGUGUCUGGGUUCACAAUGUUCCUUGGGGUGCUGAAGACACAAUGGCAGCACCUGAUGCAAAGUUCUCCGACGGUUAUCUGGACUUGAUCAUUACGAUGAAUUGCCCGAAGUUACAUUUGUUGUCAAUGAUGUCAGAGCUGAAUAAGGGAGGACACGUGAAAUCUCCGUAUGUCACGUACCUAAAGGUGAAAGCUUUCAGCUUGGAACCUGGUACACGCACCAAGGACCUAGAGAAGGAAGGGAUCAUAGAUUCAGAUGGUGAGGUUUUGGCAAGAGGGAGAGGGACCUACAAGUGUGAGCAGAAGGCUUUGAUGGCCUAUGAUAAAUUGCAGAUAACAGUGGAUAAAGGUUUAGCUACACUUUUUACCCCUAUGUAAUACUCUUGGUUAAUUAUUUUCUCGGGCACAAUCCACACCACGCAAUAUUGUACACACACACACACACAAUACAAAUACAUGUUUGUAUCAACAGAACCUUCCUGUACAGCAUCAAAUAUAUUGAAUAGCAAGUUUCCUUUGUAACACCAAAUUAUUGGCGGUUAAAUUUUGAAUUAUUAAUACGGAAAUUAUAUUAUCA